AUGUCUUCUUCCUUUAAAGCGUUUGUCACCUCGUCUAAAUUCAACAUUGUCUGUGUAUUCAUUCCGAUCGCGCUUUUCUUUUCAUUUUCUGGUGCUCCUGCUACCGUCGUCUUUACGCUCAACUUUAUUGCAAUUAUGCCCUUGGCAAAACUGCUCGGCUUUGCCACCGAGGAGUUGGCACUCAUGUCCGGACCUACAGUCGGUGCAUUACUGAAUGCCACGUUCGGAAACGUGGUUGAACUCAUUUUGGGCGUCAUUGCACUCAAAGAUGGCUUGAUUCGCGUGGUUCAAGCUUCCGUCAUGGGCUCCAUCUUAUCGAAUAUUUUACUGGUUCUCGGCUUUUGUUUCUUGCUCGGAGGCGUGGGCCGCGUCGAACAGCAGUUUAGCAUGACAGCUGCUCAAACAUCAUCCUCAUUGCUUGCACUUACAACGCUUUCGCUUCUCGUACCUGCGGCAUUUAGUGCAACUGCUGAUACAGCCGAAGAGGCUGAAAUUGGAAUCUUGAACUUGAGUCACGGCACGGCGUUGGUGCUGUUAGUUGUCUAUGGGCUUUCCCUGCUAUUCCAGGUAAGGUUCGAUUUGCUGUUUAAGGAAGAUGAUGAUGAGGAAGAGCCUACAACCACCAUGACAUUCUCCUUUCUUUCACUGUUCGCCGUUGCUGGCCUCGUUUCCAUCCACGCCGAUUUCCUUGUCGGAGCUAUUGAAGGUGUAGUAGAGUCAUGGGAAGUGAACGAAACCUUUGUCGGUGUCAUCCUUCUUCCCAUCAUUGGAAAUGCUGCCGAGCACGUCAGCUCAGUCACAUUCGCCAUGAAGAACAAGAUGAACUUGAGUAUCAACAUUGCCAUCUCAUCCUCCCUUCAAAUCGGCUUGUUUGUCACUCCUGUUCUUGUCAUUGCCGGCUGGAUUUUUGGUCAACCCAUGAGCCUCUUCUUUGAAGAUUUUGAAACCGUUGUUUUGUUCUCCAGUGUAUUGAUUGUUAAUUAUUUAAUUCAAGAUGGCCACUCCAACUGGCUUGAAGGCACUUUGCUUUUGGCAUCCUAUACCAUUAUCGCCAUGGCAUUCUGGUUCCACCCAACAACAGCCUUCAGUGGUUAA